AUGGGAGAAGGGAGGGAGGAGGAUGAUCCCGGAGCCUCGCCACUGGGCCCUGGCUGGCCAACUGUGCUGGCCGUGGUCCACCAGGUGCUGUGCACUGCUGCUGACGGAGGGCUGGUCUCAGAGCGGUUUUCCUCAUCUAUAAAAUGGAGACAACACCUAAAUGCUACCAUUUCUCUUGUGAACGUGAUGCCCAAGACCCUGGAGGGCCAGAUCACCAUGGAGAAGACCCCCAGCUACUUUGUGACCAACGAGGCGCCCAAGCGCAUUCACUCCAUGGCCAAGGACACCAAGUUGAUCGUGGUGGUGAGAAACCCGGUCACCCGGGCCAUCUCGGACUACACGCAGACACUCUCCAAGAAGCCGGACAUCCCCACCUUUGAGGUGCUCGCCUUCAAGAACCGGACCCUGGGGCUGAUCGAUGCCUCCUGGAGUGCGAUCCGCAUUGGGAUCUAUGCCCUGCACUUGGAGAACUGGCUCCAGUAUUUCCCGUUGUCCCAGAUCCUUUUUGUCAGUGGCGAGAGGCUCAUCACUGACCCGGCUGGGGAAAUGGCCAAGGUCCAGGAUUUCUUAGGCCUCAAGAGGAUUGUGACAGAGAAACAUUUUUAUUUUAAUAAAACCAAGGGGUUCCCCUGUUUAAAGAAGCCAGAGGACAGCAGUGCUCCCCGGUGCUUGGGCAAGUCCAAGGGUCGAACUCACCCCAAAAUAGACCCGGAUGUCAUCCAUAGACUGCGGAAGUUUUACAAACCUUUCAAUGUUAUGUUUUACCAAAUGACAGGCCAAGAUUUUGAGUGGGAGCAGGAAGAAAGCGAUAAGUAGAACCAAGAAAUCAGGAAAAAAGCUCUUUUCUUUUGAGAUGUGAAUCACUGUUAGAGACGCAAAACUCGCAUGGGGCUGCAGUCUCAGUCUGGUAAGAAUGGGACUCUUGUGCUGUCAAGGUUAAAGUCAAGCUGAACAGCAUUUCCAGCUCUGAAACCUUAGAGAUAUGUCAGCUCUAGGGUGCACUGGGGCCUGGGCUCUCCCCUCCUGCUACGUGAAGGAUCAGGGAAUGGGUGGGAGGAGGAGAAGCUGCAGGGAGCAGAGCCCCCGGGGUGAGGGGAUGCUUUGUGCUGGCGUUUGGCUGCUGGUGUGUCCCUCGUAACCGGGCUGGCGGGACUAGCACGUCCUGCCGCUGCCAGCUGAGCAUGAAGGUGGCUUGCAAAAUCCAGCAGCAACGAGACAAACCAAUAGAUUUGAUUUCUUCUGCCCUGGCUUUUAGUUUUGCCUGAACAGCAGCAUCAGAUCUGGUAAUUUCACGACAUGUGCAUUCACGUGCACACACUCGUGUGUUUGUGUGUGGAAGGAAUAAAGCCAGUUAUGCUGCAAAGGAACUAUGUACAGAAACUUCAUUUGCACCAGACCUUCCAGUUACUUGUUGCACUAAAACUAGUAUUUACCAAGUGCCACAAAAAAGCCUUGGCCCCAGUUCUCCUCUUGCUGCUGGAUGUAGUUCCACGGGCGGAAGAGAAUUGUUUCUGAUUUACUUGGAUGCUCAGUAAGAUCAGAAUCUGGGCCUUCCCCUCAAUCCACCCAUGGUCCUCUAGAAAAUCAUGUCCUUAAACCAUUCUCAGGCACUAGCUCAGCAUGAUGUGGUGGACACCAUCCAGCAAGGCUGACAGAGAUGCAGCGCAGCAGCGUGUGUCCGUAUAGCAUGUCCCAUCCGGGCAGCUCGCUCCUACCUGCCCAGGAAGAAGUCUGUGAUCUGGAAACAGGCAUGUCCCUGGAAGCAGGGUUGUUCCUGCAGGUCCGAGGUGUUGGGGCGGUGGGGAGGUCAAACCUCAUGGUAUGUCCAGGUAGGUGUAUGCUGCCCAGGCACUGGCCCUGGGACUGCAGCUCACUUGUACCUUGGACACCAGAGCUCUGCUCCUUACUGUUGACAGCUAGGUCUGCAAAAUUGUGAAGCAGCCUUAGUCUUUACUUCAGAAUCAGUAACAAAAAAGCAAUUAAUUCCCAGGGUGAGCACUGGUCUGCACAAAAUGUGUGCUUUCUAGUGGAAAUGACCAAGAUGUACACCCAAUCAAAUUUGCAAGUCCUGGUAGCAACUAUAAAACAAACCCAUAUCACACCUGGAUCCUCCAGCAGUGUGAUGUGAGCUGCAUGCUGGGAUCGGUGGAGAGUGAGAUGGCAGCACUUGGACGCAGCUGCACUGUUUUCCCUGACUGUUAUUGAGAGAAAAACACUGAGAGCGGUAGCAAAGGAAAAAAUGCAGAGCUACCAUUGCGGAAACGUUUCCUUCCUCUGGGUGGUUUCCAAGGCCAGUCGAGCAUGCUUUUCUUCCUUUUAGCAAGUGGUGGUGAGCCACCUUCGAGGGGAGCGUGGCGGUGUGUUUGCCUCCCAGCGCCUUUGCGAUGUCGGGUUCCUGGCUGUCCCAAAGCAGCAGUGAUGCAGCUUAAGAUUUCUUUAGGAAGACCAAGACUCGGUUUUGAUUAAGGUGGCAAGAAAUCCUUAUUGAUCCAACUAACCAAACAAAAUCAUUGCUAUGCUGGGUGACAAGCUGCACCUGCUUUGGGUUUCACGGUCUGUCAUGUGGUUCGUUACACCAACAGUGGUGCUGGUGCCUCGGACUGGGUAAAAACAAGAGCUAAAUUCAUUUGGAAAAUUUACGCUGUGGGCCGUGCUAGAGGGGCGUCACAAAAGUCCCUGCUAAAGUAACGUCAGUUCCUUUUAGCCUGAUCAGAUUUAAAACAGCUCCUGAUACAAAACAGCAAAUCUAAAAAUUAUUAUGUGAAAAUUGGAAGUAUGUAAUAGGAACAGCUUUAAAUUGCUUCACAUGUUGUUAAAAUGUCAUUUCAUCUCCUAAGUGAAAACUGUUGUUACACAACUUGUGCAAGAUGAUGGAUGAAUUCGGUCGGGGACGAGGGCUUUGUUUCCAGACCCAGCACCCAGCUCCUCGCCCGAGGGACGCGCAGGACGGUUUCCGCGCUCACAGCCUGGUGCAGCCCCCCGGCCGCGGCA